UAGUACAAGUGUGAUGGUGAUGAUGGUCUGGAGUAGAUCUGACAUAGAGUGAUUUUGUUUCGGAGUUCAACUAUACGGGUUUCUGUUUGCACAGGAAAGUUUCCUCAGGGUUUCCACAACCAAACGAAUCAUACUAAAAUGGAUCUGACCGACUACAUAAAAGUCCCGAAGGUCGAGAAAGUAUUCCUCUAUGAGAAUCACCAACCCCGUCUCGAGGGCACCCUCGUGAUGUCUUCGUACCAUUUUAUUUUCUCUGAAAAGCCGAAACAGCUCAACGACAAUCAGACCGGUUCGCCAAUCCACCAACAGCCGGAGAACGAGAUUGUGGUGAGUAAGUCAGGACGUUCUAUAGCGGGAGUCCGCUGAGAGCCUCGAGGCACCGAGUAUUUCAUUCUCCACAGAAUGGUCGACAUAGUCGAACGCCGUCCCAACUCGACAAUGCUUUACCUCAAAUGCAAAGAUUUGCGUUGCUUGAAGCUUGACAUACCUGGCUUGGACAAUUGUUCGGCAAUCGCCGAUUCGUUGAACGCCCUGAAGAAAGUGUCCGCCGAACCUGUCCGGAAUAGCUACCCUUUCUGUUUCCGUCCCGCCUAUAAGAACCAUCCUCGCAUUCCCAUGAAAGAUUUACCGUCCAUGCCGGCUCGCGGGAAGUGGCGGAUUUCCGAAGUGAACAAAACUUUCGGUGUAUGCUCAUCUUACCCGGAGAGAGCGAUUGUCCCGAAAGACGCAUCUGAUCAGGAUCUCAGAGAAUCUGCCUUGUUCCGUGAAGGAGGUCGCUUCCCCGUCCUGUGUCAUAGCUCGACCGUCACCGGCGCCGUUCUUCUGAGGAGCGGUCAGCCUCUGGUCGGACCUACGGGUCGAAGAUGUAGAGCCGAUGAGAAUUUGCUGAGCAACGUCAUCUGUGGCGAUAAAAAAGGACUCAUUAUGGAUUUGCGAAGCGUGAAGCAAUCAGAGCUCGCUAGAGCUAAGGGAGGCGGUAUCGAGCCCGAAACUCAUUAUACACUCUGGAAGAAAAUCAACAAACCUAUUGACUUCAGCAAUGAUUCGUACUCCAAGUUCAUAGAAGCCUGCUGUGAUGAAGCCAUUACCGUGGAUAAAUGGCUUUCCAAACUGGAGAGUUCAGGCUGGCUGACAGCUGUCAAAGACGUCAUGCAGCACGCCUGCGUGACCGCUCAAUGUCUACAUGUCGACGGCGUGUCCGUACUUUUGCACGGCGCGACUGGGAUGAAUGCGACACUCGCGGUUUCAUCUCUUACACAGGUCAUUUUACAGCCGAAGUUGCGAACCAUUCAAGGUUUCGAGGAGCUCAUAGAGCGGGAAUGGUUGAGCGCGGGACAUCCUUUUCGAUCCAGAUACGAAUCGGGACCGUUUGCGCCCAAAAGCAAGGAUAAUCAUCCGACUUUCAUCCUCUUCUUGGAUUGCGUGUACCAGCUUAUGCAUCAAUUCCCAUGGUGCUUCGAAUUCAAUCAAGAGUUUCUCCUCAUCCUGAUCUCGAACAUCUACGCCUCGAAUUGCGGAACCUUCCUCUGUAAUUCCUCGAAGGAACGAGCUCACCAUCGGGUUUUGGAAGACACAGUCUCCUUAUGGAUAUAUAUCGAGAACGAGUACACAGAUUCUAUUUUGAAUCCCUUGUAUGAUCCUCUCGAUGACGUGAUCUGGCCUUCGGUGGCCCCUCAGAGCAUUCAGAUGUGGAAUUCCUUCUACCUUAAGCGAACCUACGAUAGUUCCGAGGAGAGGAAAUCCGAAGAGACAAUCCGGAAGAUUGUACAAGAGGAUCUCGAGGCGACGGAAAACGUCAAGAGGCUGCGAACGGAAUUGAGCAGAUUGCUGAAGCUGAAAAAGUCACGAGACGUAUCCAUUUGACGCGAGGCUCUGAAUCGUCCUUCAUUUUUCCGGUGAACCCAGGAUCUCCGAUGCGACAUCCCACGACGACCCGAUUGUCUCGGAGGAAAUCCCAGCCAGCCACCCGCCCGCCCUGUAUAAAGGAGUCUGAACCUCUGACUUGAAGUCUUUGUACAGAAUUCAGAAAUCUCGAACAUCUGGCUCAAAUGGAGCUUUGCCCCUGAACGCCAACCCCGCCCCGUUUGCGUCUCAUCUGCAUAGCAUUCCGUCGCG